CUUUUCCCAUCAAACUAUGGUUUUUCCAGAUCCCAUGUGCAGAAUAAUAGCAAAAACCAAGGUGAAAAUUUGGGGUUUGAAGGUGAAUUUUUGAACUCCUUAAUCGUCGGCUGGGAUCCAAUUAGGGUUUUUGUGGCAGAAAUCCCAAUGAAAACGACCUUCACUCGGCUUUAAUGGCGAAUAUAACCCUGAAUCUGUCUUAUUUGAUCCUCUGGUUUCACUAUUACUUUUUAAUGGUUUGAUUUUUUCUCAUACAUGAGGCAAUGCGGGAUUUGGACUGGACUUGAAAUGCUCAUUCUCUCUUUGUUUGUGGUGAAAUAAGCUUUCUCUGCCUAUUUAAUGGCGACAUGUUGUUAUCUCUGUAUUCGAGGCUAGCAUUUUCGCCUUUUACGGUUGGAAAUAUUUGGGGGAAUUCCAAAAAGCUGGAGAGAGACUAAGAUAUUAUAUUUGAAUCAUUUUUUCCAUGGAAAUGGUAAUGGCGGAUUGUCAAUCAAGGACCUUUUAAUGGAUGAUUUUUGUGUAGAAUUUUUGUCAAUUUAUAUACUGAUUAAUAGUUUCCUGUAGUGAUACUGUGUAAAUUAAUAUUCGGUAAAUUAUGAUUUUGGACGAGUCUGGGAGAAAAUUUGAAUGUGUGUUUCAAAUCAUGCAGAAGAAGUCCAUGAUUAUAGAUGGGGGGUUCUCAACUUUAGCUCAUCCAUUUUGUACCGAGGAUAUAAGGGUGUAGAUUGAAGAUAUAUGAAACAAUUAUUUAUGUAGCUUUGGUUUAUUCGGUAUGAGAUGAUGCAUGAUGAAUUGAAGAAGCUAGAGCUUUUGUAAGGAAUUUUUGAAUUUCGGUUAAGUAUGGUUUCGACAAUGGUGCCCUGUUCUGGUACCAGGAGCUCCUUAGAAGAGAUGCUUGACUCCAUUAAGAAAAGGGAUGAGAGGUCCAAAGAUACACCGCCUGCUUUGCCUGUUAGACCCACCUCAAAAGCUAGAUUGCCCUCUUCAAUUCAAACAAGAAGGUCUUUACCUAUUAAUUUCAAAAUUGCAGAUGCCCCAGAUUACCUUCCUUGUGAUGCAGUUAAAGAUAUUUCUAGUGCUAAGAAGCUCAGAAGCGAAGAGAGAGAAAAGGUUUCGGAUUUGGUUUUGCCAAGUAAAUUGAGUAAUGGAGAUGAGGUGGAGAGCGAGCCCAAGGGUAAAAUUGAUAAUAGUUUGAUUGAACAGGGAACUGUUGAAUCGCCAUAUAUUAGGAACAGAGAGAGGUGGAAGUCGAUUGAGAGGUUGGUUGAGAGUGAUGAGUUGGAGGAGACUAGCGAGCCUCUCGCCUCGUCAGUGCCUAAGGAAUUCAGGUGGAAUGGUGAAGAUGGUUUUGUUCUUAAGAAGAAGCUUCGAGUUUGGUGCCAACUUCCUGAUGGCCAAUGGGAGUCUGGAAAGAUACAGUCGAUUUCAGGGGAAGAUGCUGUUGUAUUGCUUUCAGAUGGAAGGGUAGUGAAGGUGCAGACGGACAAUGUGCUGCCUGCAAACCCCGAUAUCCUUGAGGGUGUGGAUGACCUUAUACAGCUCAGCUACUUAAAUGAACCAUCAGUUCUUCACAAUCUGCAGUAUAGAUAUUCUAAGGACAUGAUUUAUACUAAGGCAGGUCCAGUUUUGGUUGCAAUCAACCCUUUCAAAGAGGUGCCUUUUUAUGGCAAUAAAUUUAUUGGAUCCUAUCGGCGGAAACUUAUGGAUGAUCCACAUGUCUACGCCAUUGCAGAUACUGCUUUUAAUGAAAUGAUGAGAGAUGAAGUGAAUCAAUCGAUUAUAAUAAGUGGUGAAAGUGGUGCUGGGAAAACAGAAACAGCAAAGAUUGCCAUGCAAUAUUUGGCAGCAUUGGGAGGAGGCAGUGGAGUAGAAUAUGAAGUCCUGCAGACAAAUGAAAUCCUGGAAGCUUUUGGCAAUGCAAAAACAUCAAGAAAUGACAACUCUAGUAGAUUUGGAAAGCUGAUAGAAAUACAUUUCGGUAAUACUGGAAAGAUAUGUGGUGCCAAAAUCCAGACAUUUUUGCUGGAGAAGUCAAGAGUGGUUCAAAGGGCAAAGGGAGAAAGGUCAUACCAUAUCUUUUAUCAACUUUGUGCUGGAGCUCCUCCUUCACUUAGAGAGCGGUUGAACUUGAAGUUGGCAAGUGAUUAUGAGUACUUGCGUCAAAGUGACUGCUUGACAAUUGACGAGGUUGAUGAUGCACAGAGGUUUCGCAUGCUAACAGAAGCCUUGAACACUGUUCAAAUAUGUAAAGAAGACCAGGAUAAUGUGUUUUCAAUGCUUGCAGCAGUUCUAUGGCUGGGGAAUGUUUCUUUUAAAGUGAUUGACAAUGAAAAUCAUGUAGAUUUUGUUACCAAUGAAGGGAUAAAUAAUGCAGCGACAUUGAUGGGUUGCAGUGCUGAAGAUCUCAAGCUAGUAUUGUCCACCCGUAAAAUUCGAGCAGGCAAUGAUAAUAUUGUUCAAAAGCUAACAUUAUCACAGGCCAUUGACACGAGGGAUGCAUUGGCAAAAUCAAUAUAUGCUAGCUUGUUUGACUGGCUUGUAGAACAAAUUAACAAGUCACUUGAAGUGGGAAAGCGGCGUACUGGGAGGUCCAUAAGCAUACUGGACAUCUAUGGAUUUGAAUCUUUUCAUAAAAAUAGCUUUGAGCAAUUCUGUAUAAAUUAUGCAAAUGAGAGGCUACAACAGCAUUUCAAUCGGCAUUUAUUCAAGCUCGAACAAGAGGAGUAUACACAAGAUGGAAUAGAUUGGACAAAAGUUGAUUUUGAGGACAACCAAGAAUGCCUGAAUCUAUUUGAGAAGAAACCUUUAGGGUUAUUGUCUUUGUUGGAUGAGGAGUCAACUUUUCCCAAUGGUACCGACCUAACUUUUGCAAAUAAGCUUAGGCAGCACUUGAAUUCUAAUCCUUGUUUCAAAGGAGAAAGGGGCAGGGCUUUCUGUGUUUGUCACUAUGCUGGAGAGGUUUUGUAUGACACAACUGGCUUCCUGGAGAAGAACCGGGAUUUGCUACACUGUGAUUCUAUCCAACUUCUCUCAUCCUGCAAUUGCCAACUACCUCAGAAGUUUGCCUCUACCAUGCUUAAUCACUCCCAGAAGCUAGUUAGUCCUCUAUGGAGGCAUGGCGGGGCUGAUUCCCAGAAGCAAAGUGUUGGGACAAAGUUUAAGGGUCAACUGUUUAAAUUGAUGCAACGAUUGGAGAAUACCACACCCCACUUUAUUCGCUGUAUAAAACCAAAUAGUAAGCAGCUUCCUGGUGCCUAUGAGAAGGAUCUCGUCUUGCAGCAGCUUCGAUGUUGUGGCGUCCUAGAGGUUGUUAGGAUAUCAAGGUCUGGUUAUCCUACUAGAAUGACUCAUCAUCACUUUGCAAGAAGGUAUGGAUUUCUCCUGUCGGAGAAUGUUACUUCUCAAGAUCCACUUAGUGUCUCGGUUGCUAUUCUUCAGCAGUUCAACAUACUACCUGAUAUGUAUCAAGUUGGUUAUACGAAGCUCUUUUUCCGAACAGGCCAGAUUGGUGCACUGGAAGAUACAAGAAACCGAACUUUGCAAGGCAUCCUUGGGGUGCAAAAAUGCUUUCGUGGUCGCCAAGCCCGCCGUCAUUUCCAAGAACUCAAGAACGGAGUAGCUUUUCUCCAAUCAUAUGUCAGGGGUGAGAGAGCAAGAAAAGAAUUUGAGCUUCUUAUAAGGAGACAUCGAGCAGUUAUUGCCAUACAAAGACAAAUAAAACGAUGGAUCACAAGGAAACGAUAUAAUGACGGUUUGAGGGCUACAAUAUUUGUACAAUCAUUCGUUCGUGGUUGGUUGGCUAGAAGAGAUUAUACUAUUAUGCGGGAGUUUGGAGAAGCAAAUGUUCAGCAUGCAGAUGGCCAACUGCAGGCGCCUAAAAGGAUCCUGGAAAAGAAGGAUUCGGUGUCUGUGAAGCCAUCUGCCCUAGCUGAGCUCCAGAGGAGGAUUUUGAAGGCUGAGGCUGCACUUCGAAACAAAGAAGAAGAUAAUUUAGUGCUGAACCAGCAGCUGCAGCAAUAUGAGAAGAGAUGGUCUGAAUAUGAGACAAGAAUGAGGUCCAUGGAGGAGACUUGGCAGAAGCAGAUGACAUCAUUGCAGAUGAGCCUUGCAGCAGCCAAGAGGAGCCUUGCCGCCGAUGAUGCCGUAAGGCUCGAUGCAUCACCCCUUGCCCACUCUUAUGACUCGGAGGAAUCCACCUCAAUUGGCACAAGGACACCAGACUACAUAGGUGGCACACCCAGCAAGCCUACAGUAGGACGGCCAUCAGAGGCCACUGUUGUGGUUGGCCGCAUGGCCAAGGAGUUUGAUCAAAGGGCACAAGUCUUCAAUGAUGAUGCAGGGUUCAUAGUUGAGGUAAAGUCAGGGCACUCUGAGGCCUCACUUAACCCUGAAGAUGAGCUGAGGAAACUAAAGCUUCGGUUUGAGGGUUGGAAGAAGGAUUAUAAAGUUCGGCUAAGAGAGACCAAGGCCACGCUUCACAAGCUUGGGGACUCAAAUGUCGAGAAGUCGAAGAAAAAGUGGUGGGGUAAGAGGACCACAAGGGGUACGUGAAUUUUGUAUGUUUUCUUCUUGGGUUUGGGGGAGUAAUUUUUGUUGUCCAUUUUAUUGCGUACGUGCAUAUUGUUUUCUGUAUAUAUGAAAGCUUUGGCAUGGUUGGUUUUCAUAUGAUUGUAGGGAGUGGAUCUGUCUAUCCCCCUUCCCUCAUCUCCCUGUCUGUAUAUGUAAUGUGAAUUUCACGUCAUAAUUAGGGACGUAUUUGAUGUGUUUCUGUAGUUGCCCGGAAAUUUGAUUCAUAUGGAGGGUGGUGUGGGGAUUCUAUAGAAAAA